AUGGCUGAUAAAAUUUCUAUUACAUUUGACGAAGAAAACAAAAUUCGUGUUUUGGAACAAGAUAAAUAUAAGGAAACCGAUUAAUUGAAAAAUGAAUCAAUGGAAUUUAUCAAAAAAGUUUUGAAUUUAGAUGAAGUGAUUGCUUAAAUUAUUGAAACUUUAGAAAAUUAUGCAAAAAAGAUAGAAUAGUAAAAAUUAAGAGCUAUUGGCGAAAGAAAUAAAGUAGAGAGUGAGGCAGAAAAUAGAAAGAAAAAAAUGAUGGAUUUAAACAACCUGCUUAAUGAAAAAAAGGCUGAAUUAGAAAGAUAUUCAACUGAACUUGAAUCAAUAUAGAAAGUAGAGUCUGAAUAAAAAUAUUUGAUUGACAAGCUUUCAAACAACGAAGCUUGA